UAGGAGCCCACAGCACCCAGAGAGCCUGGGCGAGAGCAGGGCCGGCGGGAGUGCUUCUAACGCAGCAGGACUGUUUGCGUUCACGUGUGCGCAGCGGGGGCGGGAAGGCCCCGCCCUGGCGCGGGAGGAGGCAGCGGGAUUAAAGGCCACCCGGGCGGGCCUGGGGACCUGACUGCUGCCAGCUCCGGGCUCGCGCAGAGGGCUGCGACAGAGAGCGCAGCAGGUACUCACCAAGGUAUGCGUGUUGGCUCCCGGAGCUGAGCAGCAGAGAUGUGGCACCGGGCUCUGGGACCAGGGUGGAAGCCGCUGCUGGCGCUGGCGCUGGCGCUGACCAGCCUACAAGGCACGAGGGGGGCUGAGGAGGAACCGAGCAGUGAUGGGAGCUUCCAGGUGGUCACCUUCAAAUGGCACCACGUCCAGGAUCCAUACAUCAUUGCGCUCUGGAUCCUCGUGGCCAGCUUGGCCAAAAUCGUCUUUCACCUGUCCCACAAGGUCACCAGUAUCGUCCCCGAGAGUGCUCUACUCAUCGUUCUGGGCCUGGUGUUGGGUGGCAUCGUCUGGGCAGCUGACCACAUCGCCUCCUUCACACUCACACCCACGCUCUUCUUCUUCUACCUGCUGCCCCCUAUUGUGCUGGAUGCUGGAUACUUCAUGCCCAAUCGACUAUUCUUUGGCAACCUGGGCACCAUUCUGCUAUAUGCUGUCAUUGGCACGAUAUGGAAUGCAGCCACCACAGGAUUGUCCCUCUAUGGUGUCUUCCUCAGUGGCUUGAUGGGUGAACUGAAAAUUGGACUCCUGGAUUUCUUGCUGUUUGGUAGCCUCAUUGCGGCUGUGGACCCAGUGGCUGUGCUGGCUGUGUUUGAGGAAGUCCAUGUCAAUGAAGUCCUCUUCAUCAUUGUUUUUGGGGAGUCACUGCUGAAUGAUGCAGUGACUGUGGUCUUGUACAAUGUUUUUGAGUCUUUUGUGACACUGGGUGGUGACGCAGUGACUGGCGUGGAUUGUGUGAAAGGCAUAGUGUCCUUCUUCGUGGUGAGCCUAGGGGGCACUCUGGUGGGUGUUAUCUUCGCCUUCCUGCUGUCCUUGGUGACUCGCUUCACCAAGCAUGUGCGUAUCAUCGAGCCUGGCUUCGUCUUUGUCAUUUCCUACCUGUCCUAUCUGACCUCCGAGAUGCUGUCUUUGUCAGCCAUCCUGGCCAUCACCUUUUGCGGCAUCUGCUGUCAGAAGUACGUGAAGGCCAACAUCUCAGAGCAGUCGGCCACCACUGUGCGCUACACUAUGAAGAUGCUGGCCAGUGGAGCAGAGACCAUUAUCUUUAUGUUCCUGGGUAUCUCAGCUGUGAACCCCGACAUCUGGACAUGGAACACAGCUUUUGUGUUGCUGACACUGGUCUUCAUUUCUGUAUAUCGAGCCAUUGGUGUUGUUCUGCAGACCUGGAUCCUGAAUCGCUACAGAAUGGUGCAGCUAGAAACCAUUGACCAGGUGGUCAUGUCCUAUGGUGGCCUGCGUGGGGCAGUGGCCUAUGCCUUGGUGGUACUUCUGGAUGAGAAGAAAGUCAAGGAGAAAAAUCUGUUUGUCAGCACCACUCUCAUUGUGGUCUUCUUCACAGUCAUCUUUCAGGGCCUGACCAUUAAGCCCCUGGUGCAGUGGCUGAAGGUGAAGAGGAGUGAGCAUCGUGAGCCAAAGCUCAAUGAGAAGCUACAUGGACGGGCUUUCGAUCACAUCCUCUCAGCCAUUGAGGACAUCUCAGGACAAAUUGGACACAAUUACCUCAGAGAUAAGUGGUCCAAUUUUGACCGGAAGUUCCUCAGCAAAGUCCUCAUGAGAAGAUCUGCUCAAAAAUCUCGAGAUCGGAUCCUGAAUGUUUUCCAUGAGCUGAAUUUGAAGGAUGCUAUCAGCUAUGUGGCUGAGGGAGAGCGCCGUGGGUCCCUGGCCUUCAUUCGCUCCCCAAGUACGGACAAUAUGGUCAAUGUGGACUUCAACACACCCCGCCCAUCUACUGUGGAGGCGUCUGUCUCAUAUUUCUUGAGGGAAAAUGUCAGUGCUGUAUGCCUGGACAUGCAGUCCUUGGAACAGAGGCGGAGGAGCAUCCGUGACACCGAGGACAUGGUCACCCACCACACACUGCAACAGUACCUGUACAAGCCUCGGCAGGAGUACAAGCAUCUCUAUAGUCGGCAUGAGCUAACACCCAAUGAGGAUGAAAAGCAGGACAAGGAAAUCUUUCACAGGACCAUGAGGAAGCGCCUGGAGUCCUUUAAGUCAGCUAAGCUAGGCAUCAACCAGAAUAAGAAGGCGGCCAAGCUGUACAAGAGGGAGCGCGCACAGAAGCGGAGGAAUAGCAGCAUUCCUAAUGGGAAGCUACCUAUGGAGAACCUGGCACACAACUACACCAUCAAGGAGAAAGACUUGGAACUUUCAGAGCAUGAGGAGACCACCAACUAUGAAGAGAUCAGUGGAGGGAUUGAGUUUCUGGCCAGUGUCACCCAGGAUGUAGCCUCUGACGCUGGGGCAGGUGACACGGGCUCUGGCACAUCGCUUACUGGACGCUUGUCUCGCCAGUCAUCUGCUGCUUCCCAGCAGCCUUUGCUCCCCGCAGGGCUCGCCCACCCACGAGCCCCAAGCCCCGCCCCAUCUGAGCGCACCUCGACUGUCACUUUUGCCUCUGGUGAUGCCGGGACAGAGCCAGAGCACCGGGCCCCACCCAGUGCACACGCUCGGUCGGCAGCUGCGCGCCGGGUACACAGUAGGCGCUCAUUCCAAAGGCCUCGCCCGCGCCGACGCCCAGCUCUGCUAAAACUCGCUUCUCUUCCGGGCUCUAUAGAACUGCCGCUGCAUGCUCUGGAGCAAGAAGAGACGCCACUGUAAUUGCUGCCUGGCCGGGGGCCCAGCUCCGAGGGUCUCCUUCAGUGGCCCCUCCCCAACCAGCUAGUGUUCUUAGGGUCCAAUGCACCCUGGGAGUCUUAAUGCAUAGCCUAGCCCUAGGAAGAAUCCAUCUGGUGUCCCCAGGAUACCACACUGCCUCCUGCCAUCUUCUUGCCCUGGUUCAGAUCCUAGGGCUCUGUGGUGCUGCCUCCCCACCCCUACCCUGAGGCUAGAACCCUUGUUAGGGUUUGCCACCCUUACUCUGAGGAGGAGGAAGAUCCCUGAGAGACUCGUGGUGGACUUAAAUCACUGCUGGUACAAAAGAAGGUCUCAAAAAUUAAGAUUUGUAGAAGUGGCACUGCCCAGAUCAACCUCAUUCUAAAAUAGGCAGCAGGUUCUGUGCAUCCCCAGAAAUAUACACCCUAUCUGACCCCCUUCCAAGUUAGUUCUCCAGACUGCCCUAUUACCUUGUGAUUAACUGCAGAAAUAUUUGGCUCUUCUAGCUCAGACUUUCCCUGCCUGGCCCCUCCCGGCCUGGCCCUUGCCAUCACAAACAAGGUGUCUGGCCUGAGCUAUGCCUAAGUUGGGAACACUGCAGAUGGUCAGGCAGACUGAGCUAGGGCACUAGUAGUGGUUCACUAGAACCCUUCCUUGGUCAAAAUUAUAGCCAGCUCUCUGGUAUCUAUCAAAGGCAGGGAAGACCUGGGACAUAGAGGGGCUCUACAUCACUCAAGAGUAGGGGAAUGUAGGAACCCACUCUCUGGACAUUUUGUCCUGCCCCCAGAUCUUCAGGGACUCUGCCUUAGAACAUUGGCCCUCUGUAGGGGUAAGAGGGUGGGCCAUCAUCCCUUAUCACUUUUCCUCAGAAGUCCAGUAUUGAAGAGUCACCUGAGUUUUGCUUCCAACUCACUGGAAACUUUGCCUGUACCACGGGGUAUCACUUAAGGGAGAUCGAGAUGAGUCUAAAGGUGGACUUAAGGACUUCCUGGAGACUUCUGAAACAAAGCACUCAGGUUUCUGCUCAGGAAACUAAAUACCAUGUCUCAGGAACAAGGUUGACAGUCACCUUCAGAGGAGUCCCAGGAAGGUCCAUCAAUUUAUAUUAAUGUUGCAGUUGAUUCAUGGAUAGGAAGAGAGCUGAGAGAAGUGAAUGAAAACAAAGCAAGUUCGCUCAACAUACUGCAUUGUGCUUCAGAGUGUCGUUCACCAACGGAACCUGUCAGUAUGCUGUUGACUGGCUAGCUCAGACUCGGCCAUCAGAGAGAUGCUCAGCAUCUGACUUCCACAGCCCUGAAGCAUUUGUCCAUUUCUGAAGUCCAGCCACUGUACAAUGCUGGGAUCCGGAACUUCACCAGAUUAUUUGGAGCUGCCAUUUAGAGUACCUCCUAGGCAGGGUGUACCUGGCUACUGUACCAGGGGUGUUCUGCGAGGCAUCUCUCAGCCCCUGCUCUGCAGACAAGUUUCUCAUACCUUCCUGUGCCAGGACACUGCCUUAACACCUCACCUGAUCUGCUGGACAUGGGGUCCAAUUCCCACUGCAGAAUUAGAAGCCAAGUGUGAUGAGACAGGCUUCAGCAACUGUCACCUUGCACCAGUACCCAGAGAUACCAAAGCUAGCAGCCGGGCGAUCAAUCUGUGGAACUCUUUGACACUCUGUCCAUAUUUUAGCUGUGCAUGGGCCAUGUCCUUUGAGCGUGUGAACCACACCACUGGGCAUAGCCAUAUGGAAUCAGAGUCUUGACAAGAUAGCCUCAUUCACAAAACCCCACUUCCUGUGCUUAAAUGAUACAGUGGCCACAUUUCAUAGUUGAGGACCCUCUUGUUCUUGUCAUUGUUGUACAAUAGAAUGUAAAAUCCUAUGAAUGUAUUUCCUUAGGAAAACUGUUGUAAAAGGUUUUUUUUAUUAGAAGAGAAUUUCUAUUUAUUUAAUACUGAACUCAGACCUACUUUGUGGUACUACAAAGUAUACAAAUUUAGGAAAUUUGUAUUUCCACUUCUGUAUUUUCUUGAAAAUAAUUUUAUUACAGUGUUCAAUAUACUAUGUAUUACUAAUCUUUUUAUGAAAGGAAAUUUAAAGGACUUCAUCAAAACUAGAAAUAUAUUUUGAAUGGUUAAAAUUGUGUAUUAAUGUGAACAUAAUUAUAGUUGAACUUUAAUUCUGAUCACAGAAUCUCGUGCCUUAAAAUGGCCCUCCUAUGUGUUGGGCAGCAUUUGUACAAGGAGUCCAUCAGCAAAACUGCAGCGACUGCUUGUUUAUGUCUAUUAAAAACACUUUGAG